AUGGCGCCCGCGACGCAGCAAGUAUUCAUCGACGGUACUUUCGCCGAUUUGGCACAAGAGCUGGCUGAAUACCUUCAAAUCGGCCCAGAAGUUCAACCCCUCCUCGAAGAAAACCAAAAGGAUGAAGCUCUCAAGAAACUCGUCACUGCUUCGGCUUCCUUGAACUCAUCUCCAGAGAAAGAAUUUACUGCCGCAUACAAUUUAUUGGUCUAUCUUUGCGUCCAAUCUCCAAAUGUCAACAUGUAUCUUCCAAAAAUUUGCGACAACCUCGCCAGACCAAUUACUUCUUCACCACUAAAUGGACCAGGCCUUGCGCUGAAUGUUAUGACUACAAUUUUCAACCUUUUACAACCAGAUAAUGAGACUAGAUUUAAUGUCUUUCAAGCCGUUCUUAAACUCAUUAAGACUAGUGGAAAUUACGAAAUGUUGCGACCACAGUUGAAGAAAUUGGACACCUGGAUUGUCGAAUGGGGUAUCGAGGAGGAGGAUCAAAGAAAACUUUUCGAGAUGAUCUCAGAAGUGGCAGAUGAUUCAGGAGAGGAGGAGGAAUCAUACCAAUACAUUCUCAAAGCCCUCCGCACUUUCGACGGUAAAGACGAGAAAGCAAUUGCAUCUGAAGAAGCCCAAAAACUCGCCAUCAAAGCAUUAAGAACUGCCCUCCCUUCAAACACCCACUUCGAUUUCCACGAUCUCACUUCCCUUCCCGCCAUCCAAGCUUUGAGCGAUUCCCACGCAAUCUACUCAGAACUGCUCGAAAUUUUCGCCGAGAAGGAACUCGAGGACUACAAUGAUUUCCUAGACGAGCACGAUGGAUUUGUCGAGAAGGAGAACCUAGACAACAGCAAGUUGCACCGCAAGAUGCGACUCCUGACCUUAGCUAGCUUGGCCGCUUCCACGCACACCCGCGAACUCGAAUACCGACGCAUUUCCAAAGCUUUGCAAGUCGCCCCUGAAGACGUAGAGAUGUGGGUAAUUGAUGUUAUCCGAGCCGGCCUGGUCGAGGGAAAAUUAUCACAACAGAAGCAAGUUUUCCUCAUUCACAGAACCACAUACCGUGUAUUCGGCGAGAAGCAAUGGCGCGAGGUAGCCACGAGGUUGGAUCAGUGGAAAGAAAGCUUGAGAGGUGUAAAGGAGGUUAUUAGCAGGGAGAGACAAGCGGCCGAAAGUCAAAAGGAGAAAGAAAUCCAAGAGGCUGAUAAGAAGGUUUCUGGUGCCCAGGGUAUGAAUGCUGGUCGAAGAAGGGAUAACAUGGUUGAAAUGGGUACUGAUUAG